AGCCUCGGCACCGUGUUGUCAUUUCAACGGGUUAAUGUGCAGCAUGAGGGUUGAUAUCCACAGCAGGGAUCGUUCGAGCCGGCUGUGAGUCCGGUAAGCGGAGUAGGGAUGCUUAACUGUUGCUGUGGACUGGAUCAGACUCCUGGGUUUGGUGAAUGCUGAAGCGCAGGCUAGCUCAUUAUGAUGAUGAGGUGAAUGGUUACUCAUGAAUGCAAAAUUAUGAUUACAAAACACCUGAAAAAGACCGUAUUACCAUUGCUGACACAUAUAUGGCAGUGGGAGAUGAUGUGAACAUCUUGGGUGUUUGAGAAGUUGAGAAGUGUGUGGUUAAGGGGCUCGCUGUUGACUUGCUGUCACCACUUCUGGUUGUUGCUGUGUGCUGUGUUUUAAAUGUCUGCUGUGUGCCGUGUUGUAAUGUCCGCUGCCCUUUAAGUUUUUUUUUUUACAUAUGAUUUACAUUUUUGCUAUUUUAAUGCAUCCUGCCCUAAGAUGAAGAGACGCUCCCUGACAACACAGAAUCAUAGCGCAGAACUUAAGAGCGAAACUGCCUUUUUUAAAAUAAUCAAAACCUAUUUUUACCUAAUAAGCAAAACGCAAAAUUUUUGUUAUAGCCAAACGUGGCCAAUUCCAGCCAUGUACAUAAAACCUAACCUAUUGCCUUUCUGACAGGUUUACGGCAUGGUACAUUCAACCGUUGGCAAGAAUGUGACGAGAAUGUGUGGAGCAGGCCGCUGCAUUCAAUAAUAGCCUUUUUGACACACUUGUCACAAAUCAGCACUUUAGUGAUGGAAUGGCGACAUGAACCCUAGUGUAAGGAGAAGUAUUCAGCCUCCUGCUUGUCCUUUUACCUUAAGAGCGGCUGGACAUUAAGUCACAAUGUUUUCAACUAUGGUAAAUAUGGAGAAAUGCAGUAAAACUAGUUUUGAGUGGUAACGGUUUACUCUGGGAUCAGAGAGGCAGGAAUUGUGUUGUUUAUGUUUUAGAUUGUAAGAUUAGUGCAGCCAUUGAGAGUAGGCAACCGUCACUGAGACAAUAUAAAAGUGUUUGUUCAGUCAGAAGUAGGCCUACUUAUUAAGAACGCUCCUGCAGGGACAGUCAGAAUGACUCCAUGCUGUGAUUCCCGACUUUUAUAAUGAGUCACUUUCUUGGCGUGACUUAAACUGCUUUUUUGGUAGGCCUACUCAAUGAAUCCUGGGGAUUGGGGGAAGCAGCACGACAGUGUCAUGGCCACAUUUACUGGCACGCCGAGUCCGGAGACAUCUAGAAAACAGUUUGAAGAGCCAACUAGUGGUUUGUUAUGUUUCAGUUAAAUUCGUUUUUGCUCGCCGGUCCAAGAACAUGUGUGCUCUCUCGUCUUUCCCCUCCCGUUGGCUGAGUCGCGCGGAAGCGUGGCGGUUGACUCAGUGCGGAGUGGGUGUCCUGCGCCUGGAUGCUUUAGCCAAUCCGAUGCCCCGGGAAGGACCUGCUCCGUGGAAACGGCUCUGACUGAUGGAGUCCUUCACAGAGGCCUCGUGGCUCCACCCCCUCCCUGCCUGGGAUUCACCGUCCCUCCCCAGCAGAUCUUAAAGCCAUGCGCCCCAGCAGUAGAACGAGAGAAUAGACGCACUGCAAGAGGGAUCUAUUCAUAGAUCAAAGUUUUUCCUUUUUUAGUGCCAGGGGGUGGGGGGGUGGGGGGGGGGAUUUUAGUUUUUUUGUUUUUGGAUUUAUUUCAUCUCAUUUUACUCUGAGAAUAUUCUACCGUUUUACGCGGACGGGAGCCCCCUCUUGCGCUGUGAAGAUGGAGUACUAGAGGUCCAUGUGUACACCGCCCGUCGCUGCAGACAGUGGGGUGACCUAGCCCCGACCGCUGGGCGAGGACUUUCCCUUCCUACCAGGAACCCAGGAGGGGGGAGGAAGGGGGAGGUUGAGGGGGAGGGGUGCCGAGGCGUCCUCCUCAGCGGAAGGACCGCCACAUCCCCGACAGAGCCGUCUUUUCUUUUAUUCUUGGAAUAUUUUUUUUGUUAAGAAAGCGGACCUCUCUAUCCAAUGGCAUGGGUGAAGUUCUUCAGGAAGCCGGGGGGCAAACUCGCCAACUCGUACCAGGCGGGCAGCAUGCUGUCCCUGGCCCCCACCAAGGGCCUGCUGAACGAGCCGGGCCAGAACAGCUGCUUCCUGAACAGCGCAGUGCAGGUGUUGUGGCAGCUGGACAUCUUCAGACGCAGCCUGCGACAGCUGCCCGGACACUACUGUCUCGGGGAAUCCUGCAUCUUCUGCGCAUUGAAGGUCAUCUUCUCCCAGUUCCAGCACAGCCGGGAGCGAGCGCUGCCCUCGGACAACCUGCGGCUGGCCCUGGCCGAGACCUUUAAGGACGAGCAGCGCUUCCAGCUGGGCUUCAUGGACGACGCCGCAGAGUGCUUCGAGAACAUCCUGCAGCAGAUCCACCUGCACAUCGUCCCCGAGGAGAAGGAGAAGGACAGUUGCACCUCCCGCUCCUGCAUCACCCACCAGAAGUUCGCCAUGACCCUGUAUGAACAGUCUGUGUGCCGUAGCUGCGGGGCGUCCUCCGACCCCCACCCCUUCACCGAGCUGGUGCAUUACGUCUCCAUCACAGCCCUCUGCCAACAGGUGUACCAGCGGCGGGAUGAGUCAUUCGGGGAACUACUGCAGGCCGCCAGCACCAUCGGAGACCUGCGCAACUGUCCCAGCAACUGCGGCCAGAGGAUCAAGAUCCGCCGGGUCCUCAUGAACUCCCCGCAGAUCGUGACCAUCGGCUUCGUGUGGGACUCGGACCAGUCGGACCUCACGGAGGAGGUGAUCCGCUCCCUGGGGUCGAACCUCAACCUCUCUGGGCUCUUCUACAGGGUAACAGAUGAGCAGGCCAAGAAAGGAGAGCUUCUACUGGUGGCCAUGAUCUGCUACUCCAGCCGUCACUACUGCUCCUUCGCCUUCCACACCAAAUCCUCCAAAUGGGUCUUCUUCGACGACGCCACCGUCAAAGAGAUCGGCUCCCGGUGGAAGGACGUGGUCACCAAGUGCAUCAAAGGUCACUUCCAGCCACUGCUUCUCUUCUACUCCAACCCCGACGGCAGCGCCAUCUCCGUGGACCAGCUGCCGCGGCCCGACAGCAGCCAGGCCCCCUACAAGACCUCCGUCAACGGGAAGGCCCAAGGCUCGGAGUCGCCGCUCCCCGGCCCGAGGCAGCUGGACCUCACCAAGGAGAACCUCAACACCCUGCUGGGCUCCAGCUACUCCAAGCCCAAGGCCACGUCCACGCUGAGCCGCGGCAGCGGACACACCACCGCCGGGGGGCGAGGAGCAGUUUCGGGGAAGCUGGACUCCGGCGACCCGAAGAGGAACCUGAGGGAGAUCUCCAGAGAAGCGGCCCAGCGCGCCGGGGAGGUCCGGGGGAUAAACCUCCCCAGACGAGACCCCGACCGGACUGGACCCUGGAGGGCAGAGAGCCGCCUCAAAGACCCGGUUCCAGACCGUCCCGUGUGCCGCUCGGUCUCGCCCCCGGUGAACGGCUUCAAGCAGCACGUGCAAACGCGCCUCUACAACAGCCAGGGCAAGGGCCCCACGCGCAACGAGCGCCACGCCUUCAUCGGGGGCCGACCGGCCUCCCACGACCCCCCCCGGCCCCACGAUCGCCCCCACCCCAGGACGCAAGAGCCGGCGCCCGCGGUGGCUGCCGCACUGCGCGGCCCCCCUAGCAACAACAACGGGGGUGGUGUUCGUGGCGGCGGUGGGGUCAGCGGACACCCCAGCCUCCGCAGGCUGGACCACCACGCAAACGGGUACGAUACGGACACCAGCCAAGGCUCGCGGGACCACUCCGGCAGCGGAGGACGCUCCAGCCGGCCGUGGAAGCCCAUGAGGGAGGUGCUGAACGUGGACAGCGUGAUCGGCGCCGGCAGCGGCGGGGCGUACUCGUCCCGGCCGGACCGGAGGCCGGCCAGCCCCGGCCGGAGGAGGCCCAACAGCCACUCCCCUUCUCGGGACCGGGAGCGAGACCGGGAGCGAGACCGGGACCGGGAACGGGACAGGGAGCGAGACCGGGACCAGGACCAGGACCAGGAACAGGACAGGGAGCCGGUGGCGUGGGGCAGCCGGGAGGAGCACAAGCCCAAGAGCCUGAUGACCAUCUACGAGGACGAGUCCCGCCAGGACAUCGGGGGCAGCCGGAGCUCGCUGGACUCGGACAGCAGGGGCGGGUGGGCCCCCGGGGAACGUGCCCGGCCCCCCAUGGGGGCGCCCACGGCGCUCAAGGUGCACAGCGACCACUGGAAGUUCCAGCGGACGGAGUCGGGCUACGAGAGCAGCGACCGGCUCAGCAACGGCUCGGCCAGCUCGCCCUCGGUGGAGAACGUCUCCUCCAAAGAGCUGAAGCCCAGACCUGAGCUCCACCCGGCCAGGGACCCCUAUCAGCAGAUAAGAGGGGAUGAUGUCAACACCGACGUCACCCUCUCCUCCUUCUCCUACGAUGACCGUGGACGGAAACCAGCGGGUCUCAAGGAUCCCGAUCCAGUGUCUACUCCGUACCUGCAAAGGACCAGAGCCUUCCGCUACAACCCGGGCCGCCUGGAGAAGAUCAGCAGCCCUGACAGCGACCGGGAGGAGAACGUGGAUGGCAGCCCGGAGCCCCCCUACCUGGCCAAGACCAGCAGCUCAGAGUGGAACAGCUCCGACGACCUCGCCGGCCCCUUCUCCGAGCAGGACGACCCCCUGCCUCCGCCGCCGCCGCUGCCCCCAAAGGACUUCAUCCGCUGGCCCAGCGACUUCCCGGGUCUGGACGGAGACGCGGACCGGCGCCGGGACUCCCCGUCCUCGCCCCCGCCACCCUUACUGUCCACCACGCACCCGACCUUCCGCCGCUGGAUGGAGGCCACGCCCGACCACAGGCACUCGUCCGACUCCAGCUCCGCGGGCUCCAAGUCGGUGUCCUCGGACCAGGAGCGGAACGACCUCUCGGCCAGCGACAGCGAGAAGGGGUUCUCCGGGGACGGGGAUGCCGCCGCCGCCACGACGCCGCCGAGCGACGUGAAGCUCCCCACCACCUACUUCUCGGUGGACGGCUGCAUGACGGACACGUACCGGGCCAAGUACCACCGCCGGCCCCCGCUGCACGCCCUGACAGAGGCCUGGGGGGAGCAGCAGGCGUCGUCGGGGGAGAGCGACGCCGACUCGCGCCGGCUGCCCCCCGUGGAGCGGCGAGUGCCGGAGCCCGGGAGAGGGAGAUCGGAGCUGGGUUAUUCUACGGCUAAAAGUGCUGCGAGGUGGAACCCGGUGACUCCUAAAGGACUGGAUGAACACGGGUACCUCUGAGUUCCACUCAGGCGGAGCCACAAACUGUGCAGAAGAGCGAUGAUGAAUCUGUGAUUAUUAUUUUUUUUAAUCCUCCGAUUGAAGGGGAGACGUCGACAUGCUUAAACGACUCGUCUUCCCGUUGCACAGAAAAUCCGAAGCGCCAAAGAAAUCGAUUCCCGAAAAACAACGUUGAAAGAAUGUUACAAGUACCAGUUCCUCCUCAUUGCUUUGUAAAUACAACCUUAACAAAUCUGAAGCGUUUGGAAGCCAUAACACACCAAACUGUGUUAGCACAGUGCUUACGUCACUCGUAGCUCAUCCUCUUAAUGCCAUUGCAUUUUUCAAUGUGUUAUUAAGUUGCGAGAGGUCUGCUUUAAUCGUGUUUUCCUCCAUGUUCUUAGAAGGCAUUCCAGUGCUGUAAGUACACUCAUUAGCAGAGGGGUUGAAGAGUGGUAGAUUUGUAUCUUAGAAUGUCGCCAUGUUGCAUGUUAAGCUAGAUAACGGCAUACCGUCUUAUCCCAAAGAGCCUUCUUCAUGCCUUGCAAUAAUUACUUUGGUGAGUUGUGUUAUUUUUUUCAAAUUUACGGAAAUUUACUUAAUUGGUUUAAGAAGAAAAUCGGUGGAAUUUGUUUUCGGUACAUGACUUUGCUAUGUGACUGCGUGACUUUUAAGCACUUUUUGAGCUGAAUAAUUGUGGAAUGCCUUUUCUCUGGGGGGAUUCUGAACUGAGAGAGCGGAGAGCCCAGCCCGUGUGUUUAUGAAUAGUAGACUCAUUUGAAAGUCAUAUUAACAAAUCCUCACCAGCGGGAGUAAACGGGGAUAAAUAAAUUAUAAAGCACGCUCUGUCUCCACGCGGUUCAAAGACCCCAAAGCGGGCAGCGGUUAAACCAACAGGAGCUUCGGGAAAACCAACUGCACCUGAAACGGUUCUGGGCUUGUCUCACCAGGCAACGUCUCACAACACACACAGAGGAUCUGUACCAGAAUGUCUUAGUAUAAAAAAACAGCCCCUUAACUCCCCCUCCCCUUAACUCCCCGUCCCUUAAGAGGUUAACGGCACGAUUUAAACCAAGAAUAUGAACACGUGUUUCCAUUCAUUCUACCUUUUGCUCAAUCGGAAGCUUGUGAAUCAUUGGCCUGGAAUGUGAUGGAAGUAAAUAAAUCCUAAUGCUGUUUUCAUUUUGUUUAAGGUUCUGUUUUUUUGUUUGUCAUGUUUUCAAGAUGGCAGGAGAUUGUUGUGGGUUAAAUUGCACAUGUAUAGGAUACGAGCAGGACUAAGACGGAGCCCGGUUGGAGGGUGAGAAUGUGUGGUGGUGUUUUGUUGGUGAACAGGUAUCUGGCUAAUGCUCUUUCUGCACACACCCCAAUCACUCUUUCACUCUCUGUCUCUCUCUCUCUGUCUCUCUCUCUCUGUCUCUGUCUCUGUCUCUGUCUCUGUCUCUGUCUCUGUGUGUGUGUCUGUCUCUCUGUCUUUACCUCUGUCGCUUUCUCUCCAAGCUGCAGAGUCAAACAUCCCUAUAGAAUUUAUGUGUAUCAUAAUGCUGCAUUCCUCUUUAUUUCAUGUACUUUGUCUUAACACUCCCUUCCAAUACUCCUUAACUUUUUUUUAUAGGUCCUGUUAUGGGCAAAAGUAGUAGUGCUGUCACUAUAUUAAUGCCUUUUACUAUCAAUCCACGUUGGCUAAGAGUGUAGACGCUUUUGAGCAUGUCUUUGGGAAUUGAAAUGCUUAUUUUUAACAGAUUAUUUUUGCUUGGUCCCAUUCCUGAAUAUUCAUCCUCUACUUGGUAAAAUGCUGGAGAUGUCUUUUACGGUGUUUCGAUGGUAUCAACUGUUUUGUACAUUUUGGACAGAGUAAACUGCACAGUGCCUUUUGUACUUUUCUAUGUUCUCGACCAUUUGAAAUACAAUUAUGUGUAAAAUUCUUUGAUUUUCAGGAUUGUUUUUUAACAAGAUAUUUCGUUUGUAUUAAUUAUUAAACCAUUUUAUUUAA